AUGUUUCUGCGGCAAAUAUUCUCUUUUCGUCCUCUCAGUGACUUGGCUCUCAAUGUAUGUUCGGGACUGGUCAAAUUCCGACCUUUAGCAGAAGUAAUGCAGAAGCAUUAUGAUGUCGUUUUAAUAGAAAACUUUAACAGCGACUGCGCGUUAGGUCUACUGCAUAUUUACAAGAUCAAGGCGCCUGUGAUUUCUUUGCUAUCGUGUCCAAUGAUGCAUUGGUCUGCCAGUCGCAUCGGCUUGACGGACAACCCGUCAUUUGUGCCGACGAUAACAUCACAGACUAGCUCAAUAGGUUCAUUCCUUGAAAGGCUGGAGAACUCAGCAAUGUACAUGUAUUUUAAGCUGUGGUACAGAUACGCUGUGCAGGUGAAAGAACGAGCUAUCAUUGAGAAGAGAUUUCAAAGAAAGAUUCCUGAUUUAGACGUGCUUGCGAGGAAUAUAAGCAUGAUGCUGGUGAAUACUCAUCACAGUUUGAAUGGCGUUCGACCUCUUCUGCCAGGAGUUGUUGAAGUUGGCGGAAUGCAUUUGAAGGAUAAGAGAAGCAAGACUAUACCUCAUAGAUUGCGUCUGAUCAGGUAA